AUGAGCAGUAGUGGUAAAACAGAAAAAAUGUCUUUUUUUAAGAAAAUGGGCAAUAAUAAUAAUAGUGGUAGUAGUGGUAUUAGUAGUGGUAGUAGUGGUAGUAGUAGUAGUAGUAAAAAGAAAUCAUCAUCCUCAUCAUCUUCAUCAUCUUCAUCAUCGUCAUCAUCAUCUACAGCAAUACCAACAUCAAUAACAAAUAUAAAAAGUAGAAGUCAAUCUACUGAUGGUCUAGGUAACCAAUCAUGGAUAUUUAAUUUAAAAAUUAGUACUUAUAAAACCAUUGAAGCUAAAGUUGGAUCAAAAGUUAAACUAAAUAUAAAGAAUAGACAAGAUGCACCACUUAAAAAAGGUGAUAGAUUCUUUUUUUCAAUAUCCACACUAAAUAAACAAAGAACUGACCGUAUUGUUUCUCAAUCAACUGUAAUUCAUGAUCCACAACCAAUCAAUGAUACUACCUCUAAAGGUGAAACCGAAAGAACAUUUGAUGUGUUGGUACAAUUUGAUAAGAUUUUCUUGGAUCCAAUACCAAGAACAAUCUUUGAACCUCAUCCAGUUUUAUCAGAUUUAGCCCAUUCAAAAGGUUCUUUCACUAAAAUUCCUGAUUCUCAAUUAUCUUUAUUUUUAGAUAUAAUUUCAAAUUAUUCAACAAAAACUGUCAAAAAAGAAGCAAUGAAUUUUUUAACAGGUAUUAGUCUUGGUGAGAAUAAUAGUAAAAAGAAUGAUACAAACAUUAAUAGUGGUAAUAAUAGUACACCAAUAUUAAAUUUAAAUCCUUCAAUUCAUAGUACACCUUUAAAAGAACCAAUAUCAUUAGAUAAUAGAGAUGAUACUAUAAAUAAUAAUAAUAAUAAUUUCGAUAAUGAUAAUGAAAAUAAUAAUUUAGAAAAUAUAUUUGAAAGAGAUUAUGAAAAUAAUAAACUCAAUAUAUAUGAUAAAAAUGAUGGUAUUAUAUUAGAUCAAAUAGCUCAACAACAGGCUCAACAAAAUCUACAACAACAACAACAGCAGCAACAACAACAACAAAAUCAACAACAACAACAACAACAACAACAACAACAACAACAACAACAACAACAACAACAACAACAACAACAACAGCAACAACAACAGCAGCAACAACAACAACAACAACAACAACAACAACAACAACAACAACAACAACAACAACAACAACAACAACAACAACAGCAACAACAACAACAACAACAACAACAACAACAACAACAACAACAACAACAACAACAACAACAACAACAGCAACAAAAUAAUUUUUAUAGUGGUUCACCAAAUUCAUUACCACCAAAUUUAUUAAAUCAAAUUCAACAAAGGAGUGAACAACAACAAUCACAACAACAACAACAACAACUUUUAAAGAAUCAAAAUAUGAUACCGCCACAACCACAUUUACAAUAUCAACAACCACCACCGAAACAUCAGAUGUCUCAAUUACAAUUACAAUCACAACAAGAAUUAUCAAAACAAAAACCAACAAAGAAAAGAAAUACAAUUGAAGAAUAUAAUUCAAAUUAUAAUUUAUCAAUUCAACAAAAAAUUGUAUUUGUAACACCAAAUGGUCAUCCAAUUUCUGUAUUUUCUUUAAUUAAAGGUGAAUCUCGUAAAACUAAAUUAAAAACUAGUAAAAAAGAUCACCACCAUCAUCAUCAUAGUGGUAUUAAAAAUAAGGAAAAUUUAAAUAUUAAUUCUUUAAACAAUGCAAAUAUUGAUAAUAAUAAUAUGAUUAUGGGUGGUAAUAUUAAUUGUAGUGGUAGUGAUGGACAAAUGUUAAUUAAUGGUGGUAUUGGUGUUGGAGGUAGUGGUAAUAGUAGUGGUGGCGGUGGUGGAGGUGGUAGUGGUGGUACAAACUUUUAUUUAAGUAAAGAAUCAAUUCUUAAUAAUCUUGGUUUAAAUGGAAAGAAAGAGAUAUCAUAUGCACAUUUAUUAGCAAGUGAAAAUGAUAAUGAUCUAAUUGGUGAUGAAUUAGAUUGCAAUGGUGUUCCACUUAAAUAUGACCCAACCUUUUUAGAUAACUCUGAAUUGAAAACUGGAAAACAUAGAACCGUAAUGAAUUUACCAAGUUAUAAAGUAUCGAUUUUCCCAUUCAUAAAGAAAGGUGCAAUCAAAGAGGAAUUAAAUGAACAGUUUAGACAAAAACAUCAAUGGAUUAGUCAACCUGGUAUUACAUUAUAUAAAAUUAGAAAGAUUAAAAGAAAGCUAAAGAAAAUCACAAUUCAAUCAGGUUUAGAGAUUAGCACAUUGGGUUUGGCUUAUGUAUUAAUUGAAAAACUUAUUAUGAAAAAUUUAAUACCUCGUUCAAACUUUAAAUUGGUCGCUUCAACUUGUCUCUUAUUGGCUGCUAAAUUCAAUGAUACUAAAGCAAUGGAGAAUGCAUUGGGUCCAUUCUUUGAACAGGUUGAAAAAAGGUUUGAUAUCAGUAAAAAAGAAGUAUUGGCUUCAGAAUUUUUAGUUUUCUCUCAAUUAUCUUUUACUCUUUUCGUUUCUCAAUUUGAUGUUUUACCUCAUUUAAAUAGAUUAAAAUCAGAAGCUGUAGAAGAUGAAGAAUUAAUAUUUUAA